AUGGAGUUGUUUUCAAGAAUCAACCGCAGCCGCGUACCCCUGGCAGAGGGCGGGGAACUUCCUUCGCAAAGUGCUUUGGUUGCUACUUCAAUGAAAAUACAUCUUCUCUUCUCUUCUUGUACGCAUCGAUUGAGUAUCAUUUUUUCCUUAGGUACUUGAUGUGUAUUUUUCAUUUAUAACAUAAUCAUGCGUCAAUGUCUUAUCUCCUUUGUUUGAGAGGGAGAAGAA